AUGUAAAUUGUGAAUAUGUUAAUAUUUCCUUUAAAGGGAAAUUUCUCUCAUGUUUAAUUUUGGACAAUAUAAAUUAUUUUAUUAAAAAAUAUUUUCGAUUGCGCAAGUGUAAUAAUGUAGCACCGUUAUUAUAAAUAUUGCUAAAUUAAAAUUUAAAAUAUUUCGGAUUAAUAAAAAAUGACUUUACCACCGCAAGCAGUGCAUCUAAUGUGUUUAACAGUCAACGGAGGGAAUCCAGUUUUUACAAGAAAAAAAGGGAAUGUGGAAAGCCUUCCAUUCUCAACAGUAGCAUCUCUCAAUGGAACACAUAUGUUUUGUAAAUCUCAAGGAAUUGAACUUAAAACAACCCAUACAGCAGAUUGGAUAUUUGUUUGGAAAGAUUAUGACUCCGUGACUCUAAUAUGUGCUGGGAAAAAUUACACGGAAAAACAUUUGAGUCAAUUAAUAGUAUUGGUUUACAAUGUUUUUCUUCUAUUUAUAACAGAAGACGAUUUAAAAGCAACUAACAACUUUGAUAGAAUACGUAGAGAAACAAAAAACUUUAUGCCACUAAUUGAAAAAAUUUUGAAUAACUUUGAUUCUGAUUUUCUUGAAUACAGUGAGUGCAUUUUAGCUGUAGAAAAUACUCAAAUAUUGGGAAAAUUGAAUGAAUUUGCAUUACAAUUUGGUUCAUUAUUCUGUGCAAUUAUGAUCGGAUCAAAAAUAAUUGUAGCUACAGAAGGAUGGUGGGAUCUAAACGAAAUUGACAGAAAACUUUUGAUUAUUUUAUUUCAAACAACAAACAAUCAAUUGCGAGAUAUUCCAGUAUAUUUACCUAAGAAGAGCCCAAAUACCGCUUAUAGAUUCGUAGCAGUACCAAUUGUUGGAUUAAUAACUCUUUGUGUUCUAUGUGGCUCAGAACCAUCGUACCACGACAUCAGUUUACUAACCCAGCAAAUAUUUAAAAAUGAUUUUGAAAUAUUACAAAAUGCAGAGAAAUGCAUACCAAGAAAUAUUUCUAAUACAAUUGAAAUUGAAGAAAAUAUAUUAGGGCUUUUAGUUAUCAAUAAAAUCCAAAAGAAAUAUGUUAUGACCAGGAAUCUUCAUCAAGCAUCAAACUCAAAGCGUCCUUCAAGUGGAUCUCAUAGAUUAGAUAUAUUGAAAUUAUUUUUUUAUCAAGCCGUUGAUAUAACAGACGAGUUUUUAAAUAGAAAACCAGAAGAGAAUAAAGUUAAUGCAACUGAAUCAUAUUGGAGUUUGGAUUAUCAUAAAUGUCAUGCUUAUAAUGAUAAUUUUGGAAAUUUGAUUAUAGCUUUAUAUGCAUCUUCAAUACCAAUUCAGGCAAUGAGGCUUACAACAAAAAAAACUUUGGAAAAUUUAAUAUCACAUAACGAAAGCACAUGUUGGAAUAAUUAAAAAUCAUUGAAUUCUUGAAAGUUACGUAUCUUACAUUCAUUACAUUAGAUGCGGAGAAAUUUUCUUACACAUUCAUUACACAGGAGAUUUUCUUAUAUAGAUUAUUAACUUUAUAAAUACGAUUUAAAAAAAAGGAAACGCAAAGUUUAAAUUUUAUUUUUAAAUUACAAUCGAAAAUUUAUUUUUAAUAACAAAAAUAUACACAUUUUCUACAUGAUAUUUGUAUUAUAUUCAAUUUAUUUUAAUAAUAUUAUUGUCAUUUUUAAAUGUUCUUAUGGUUUUAAUCUUCAUUUUCAAAAUUAAUAUUCUGUUAUUUGGUUUCUUUUUUUUAAGUAUGUUUGGAUCGAUUAAGUGUAUAUUUAGUUUUUAUAACAUUUACUUUUUAUUGUAUAUUAUAUAUUUUUUAAUAAUAACAUAUUAUGUAAAAUAUUUAAUAAUGUAUUUGGUUUUAUAUGAAAUACAUAAUAAAAAUGCAAUUUACGGAUAAAAUUUUUUAAAAAUUUAUUGUCUUUUUUUUUAUAGUUACUAUGAACGUUAGUAUGCCCAUUAAUACUAUUUCUUACAAUAUGAAUUUUUUUAUAUUAUUAAAACUAUAUUUUAAAACAAUAACAUAAAAUAUAUGAGAAAUUUUAAAGAAGAUUAGACACAUUUAAAACGAAAAAAUAGUAGAAACCUUGUAUAGAUGAUUAAAAAUUUAUUUAUAUGAAGUACAAUAUAUUUAUUUACCAUCAUUUUCAGAAGACUUACGCAUUACAAGAUAAUAUUAUUAAAUGAUUAAUUUUUUCUUUUCAUCUUCCAUUAUUAUAAAAUUGAUAUGAGGUCCGUUAAAAAUUGAUAUUGAAAAGUAAUAUAUUCAAAAUAUUUAACUUUUUGGGGUCCAAUUUAUUUUAUAUAUGUAUAAGUUUUAAAAAUGUAAGUAAUUGAAUUAAAUUAAAAUAAUUCUAAUAUUAAGUGUAAGUGAAUUAAGGAAAUUUUGUUAAGAAUUUAUUUUUAUUAAUCAUUGUGUACAAAACUAUUUCUAAAAAUUCCUUUACAUUCUUUAAAACACAUUUUUCCAUUGGAGAAUAUUAAAAAGUCUUAUAGCACACAUUAUCAAAAAUUAUAUGUUUGCAAAACAUUUCAUAAAAUAUUAGAUAAAUAACCUUUAUUCUCUUAAUAUAAUCGUCCAUAUUCUGUUAGUCGUAUCACUUGUGGUGGUGAACUUAUUGAAAACUAUGUGGGUUUUUAAAUAGAACUCCAAUUUUGGAUAGGAUGUUGUUCGGAAAAUUAAAAAAUUUUUAAAUAACUCAUCACCUCAAGAGAUAGAAGUAACAUAAUGUGUACAUACAUCGAAUAUUUUCACAUUCUUUUCCUAGUUUCUUGCCAUUUUUACUUGGCAGAAUUUAAUAUAAUAUUUUACGAUAUUUGAAUAGAAUUAAUUAGAACCUAAAUUAAUAUUUCUUAAUUUGAAAAAAUUUUUUAUUUAUUUUUUUUUAGCAUACUUAAACGAGAUACAUUACCAAACCUGUAAUUUCUCACAAUGUAACGCGUUAUAAAAUUUUAUUUGUCUGUACAUUACGCAAAUUCGCAAAAUAUUUGAAACUACAACAGCUUUUUUUUUCUAAAUUAAAUUAAAAUUUAAAACAAAUAAAUAUUUUAAAAUAUUUUAGAAUUGCCUUCAAUAUUUAAUUUCGGUUUAUAAUAUAAAAAAGGCAAUCCGUUGCAAUUUUAAAAAGCAAUUCUAUUUAAAUAUUAAAAUUUAAAAUUAAAAUUAUUUUGUUAAAAUAUACAUUUUCAAUUACAAGGAGAAAAUAAGAGAGCCACUAUUUUAAAAUUUUAUUAAAAUAAAGUGUUUAUCUAAUUAAAACUAAAUUUCUAUUUUAAUUAUUUUCUAAACUAAAAUGUUUUCUUCAUUUUGGAAUAUUCUCUGUAUUGUAAUUUGCGAUAAAGCUCACUCAUAUUGUGAACCUUGCAAAUUUCAUGAAAUCACAAAAAAAUAUUUAAGUUUUUAAUUUGGAAGCUGUCGUAAAAAUAAUUGUGAACAAAAAUAUAAAUAGUUUAUUAUAUAAAUAGUUUAUUAUAUAAAUAGUUUAUUUUAAUUCGUUUUGGGAAAACGGAAAUUAUUGCUAUCAACAUAAGUCUCGUUGGCAUGGAACUUUGAGGUUUUCUUUUGAUUUAUUACAAAAUUUUGAAACAUAAUUUAUAUUAGGGUAAGUUUAUUUAGUUCUUUUUUUAAAACUGUUUGAUUUAAAACUAUUUGAAAAUACUGAGAAAAACAAUGAACACCAAUUUUUUAAAUUCAAUAAAAAAUAAUAAGUGAAUUUUAUAAUAGUGGUGUAAAAUAUAAAGAAAUUUUUCAAAACAAUAAACAAAUGAAGUACAUUAUAUUGAAUUAUUAAAUUUGAUUUAGUUGAACAUAUCAUAAUUACAAGCAGCGACAGCUAAAACAUUAUUAUUUCAAAAAAAAUAUUGUGCUUUAAUUUUGUGACUGGAAUAAUUAGUAGAAAAUGCAUUAUGAGUAAAUAACAAGUAAAUUAAAAUUUUGUAUUGUCCUGUUCAAUUACUUUAUCACUUUAUACCUAAAUUAGGUAGUUAAAAAAAUAAUUACAUGAUUAA